AUGGCUGCAGUUGUCGAAAAUGUGGUUAAAGAAGAUUCGAACGCAGAUGCAGAGCUUGAUGCUGACCUUCUAAUGAUGGAUGUGAGCAAAGUGUGCCUUGGAGAAGUCCCGUCCGAUUUCAUAUCCUUCAUACUAGACAAAUGUGGAGACUUCUGCAUUUCAACGAAUGCACUAAACAGCUAUGUGUUUUCAAUCAAGUCAGACGGACAAAAGACAUUCCAUCUAACAUUGGAAACAUUGGGACGGGGAUUUCGCAUCCGUGGCAUGCUAUUUGCUACUGGCGCUACGAUUGGGGAACUCAUAUAUAACAUCAGAGACUCAUCACUGGAUGUCUUAUCUGGUGUUCUGGGCUGUCACGUCUACCCGAGACGUCUGAUCACGAAACGAAUUCUUCCCUCUUUCCAAAUUUAUGGAGAAGAUUGCAUUGUAAGCAAAAGGUUGACCCAUGAGGAUUUAGAUUUCAGAUACUCUCAUGCCAAUAUAAUAAUCGAUCAGAAAUUCAUUAAUGUCAUUUUAAAAGAAAAUAAGAGACUGAACGAAACGAACUGGCAAAUGCACAUGUACGAUGAACUCAGAGUGAGCUAUCUUGCAAAAGAGCUGCAUUUGCCUGUGAGGAUAAUACUGGGGCUAAUAAGAGCAAGAAAUGAGCAGUACAUCAUCUACGAUAACAACCCCGGAUGUGAUUUUUCUCGGUUCAUGGAGGAGAAUGCGGACAGAUUCGAUUGUGGCGUAAAAAUCAAGAUAUGCAGAGCUUUGGCGAGUGUAAUGUCGGAGUUAUUUAAUGCUGAUAUUUAUUGUGGCACCGUGAAAAUGGAGAAUUUCUUCGUCUAUUACGUGGAUGCAGUGCCGUGCGGUCAAAUUCAAAUAGUGUUCGCUGAAGGAAGAGAUCUUACGCCAGUCGAUCAAUUAAGACCAGUUGAUAGCGGUGAUUUCACACGUAUGGCACCUGAAGUGACAUGGACGCGGAUAUUAACCCCUGAAGCGGGAGUGUUCAGUAUGGGACUACUGCUACGUGAAGUUCUUGAAUUUGGCCCCAGGCUAUCUUCUAAAGAUCCAAACUUUGAACUGGUGACUAGAGUUGAAGCACUCAUUCGGAAAUGUAUGCAUUCAAGGCCGUCAGAGCGACCAAGUGUACACGGGAUCUUUAUUGAGUUGGAUUCAAUCGCUAGUUUCAUUAAGCAAACAAGACAUCAUUUUUGGCAACCCGUCUGA